AUGGCCACGGCAGCUGUCGUGGGUGUUACCACCGGAGUAAUGAAUCCCCUCCUGUCCAAGCUCACCAAGCUGCUGGAAGAAGAGUACGCCAAGUUCAAAGGCGUGCGCAAGCAGAUCAUGUUUUUGAUAGAUGAGCUGAGCGCCAUGAGUGCAACGCUCGAGAUGCUCGCAGAUGCAGAGGAGCUCAACCCUCAAACGAGAAAAUGGAGGGACAAGUUACGUGAGCUGGCCUAUGACUUGGAAGAUUGCAUUGAUGCCUUCAUGAUUCGUGUUGACCAUGAGCAUGAUGGACAUUCGGGCUUCAUCAAGAGGUUCUUCCGCAAGUUGAAGAAACUGAAACCACGUCAUGAGAUCGCCAAACAGAUCCAAGAUCUCAAGGCAUCUGUUAUAGAGGCAAGCGAGAGGCACAAGAGGUACCAGUUAGUCGAUAUCUCUUCCAACUUUGAGUCAAAAAAAAAUAUCUCUUCCAACUCUAGAAGUACAUGUGCUGUUGACCCUCGGCUAUCCGCGCUGUAUGUGGAGAUAGAUAAGCUUGUCGGCAUUGACGGUCCUAAGAAGUAUAUCACUGAGUGGUUAACCAUGGAAACCAAGAAGGCUUCUUCAUCAGAACUUAAAGUGCUCUCUAUUGUUGGUUGUGGAGGUCUUGGUAAGACUACUCUUGCAAACCAAGUCUAUAAAGAUGUUAAAAGCCAAUUUUCAUGUGCAGUUUUCGUCUCAGUCUCUCGAACUCCUGAUGUCAGAAAAGUAUUAAGAGGCAUUGCAAAAGGAGUUGGUAUUACCAGUAAUAUGUUGGAUGAUGAUGAGAAGGAACUCAUUGAUACACUGAGGGAACACCUUCAGGAUAAAAGGUACCUCAUUGUAAUUGAUGAUGUAUGGGAUGCAAAACCAUGGGAGACCAUCAAGCUUGCGUUAAUGAAUAACGAUUGUGGUAGCAGAGUAAUCACUACAACACGUAGCAAUGACGUUGCAUCAUACUUGUCUUCCCAAGGCGGUAAUGUUUACCAAAUGAAAUCUCUCAGUUUUGUGGACUCCAAGAGGUUGCUUUUUAAAAGAGCAUUUGGUUCUGCAAGCUUAUGCUAUACUCAUUUGGGUACUGCUCCGGAUGAGAUAUUAAGAAAAUGUGAUGGUUUACCAUUAGCAAUCAUCACUAUAUCUAGCAUGUUAGCUGAUCAGCACGCAAAAGGUGAAUGGGACAGUGUACUAAAUGAUAUUGGUUCUUCUCUUGCUAAGAAUCCUGGUGCUGAGAAUAUGACGGCCAUAUUAUCUAUGAGUUACUUUGAUAUUCCUCACCAUCUAAGAAGUUGUUUGUUGUACUUGAGUGUGUUUCUAGAAGAUCACAAGAUUGAGAAACAAUGUUUGAUCAGUAGGUGGAUUGCAGAAGGGUUCAUUCAUAAGGAAAAAGGUCAAAAUGAAUAUGAAAUUGGUGAGCGUUACUUCAAUGAUCUGAUCAACAGAAGCAUGAUCCAACCUGUUAGAGUAAAGUAUGGUCAGGUGAAGGCAUGUCAAGUGCAUGACAUCAUCCUUGACUACAUCAAAUGCAAGGCCGCUGAAGAGAAUUUUGUAACUUCAUUAGAUGCUGCAAAGCCUGUAUAUACAUCAGAAUACAAGACGUUGGAUGUGCGAGGCACCAUCAUCAAAGAACUACCACGAACUAUCACGGAACUUCAACAACUGACUCGUUUAUAUGUUGAUUGGUAUACUAGAUUUCCAGAAGGAACAAUAGGAAAGAUGCACAGCUUGGAAGAGCUGAGGAGACCAGAAGAUGUUGAGAUCCUUGGAGAAAUACCCAGUUUGCUUUUUCUGAACUUAGAAAGUGUCGGGGGCACUGGCGGAAGGAUCGUCUUCCCUGGCAACAGCGGAUUCAGAAGUCUAAAAUAUUUCUCCCUGCGUAUCGAUAAGUGUGGGACCUCCCUGGAGUUUGAAGCGGGAUCAAUGCCAAAGCUUGAGCACGUGAAGCUUGAGUUUCGUGCGCAUGAGAUGGAGUGCGUGAACGGUGCUUCUUCUAGUUUGGGCAUCCAGCACCUCUCGUCCCUCAACAAGGCUGAGAUAGAAAUUGGUAGCGACUGGUAUGAGUAUGACGUGGACUACAACCCAGUGGAAGAUGAUCAUGAUGGCGCUGCCCGAUGUAUUUCAAGAGCCAUUAAUGCUGCCUUCGAGACACUUCCCAACCGUCCCACUGCCAGCUUCAGAAGAGUACAUAGCAACAUGCAUUGA